ACAGAUCAUAGUGCACACAACUGUGCAGCUGUCAAAAUCGUGACGGCAAACGUCAACCAGUCGUCGGUGACAAAAACGAAUUACAUAAAACGGAACCAAUAUCCGAGGUUCUGCAAUUUUUCUUCGAAAAUCGGAUUGGACCUUGCGUAUACUUGAUCCAGCAAGCGGCCGCUCCGGUUAAAUGAUGGCCUCUAUCUUGCGCUCGUUUGCGACAACGUUCGCUAAAAGCGGAAUGCGUAGCACAACUGGUAUUUCACGUGCUGCUCCGGUAAUGAUGCUGCGCUACAAAUCUACCGAACCGGCAGCUGAAUCGAGACCCACUGUCCGCAAACCGGAUGCCGCCGCCCGUUCGGAACUGUCCGAGUUUGGCAAGUACGUCGCCGAAUGUAUGCCAAAGUACGUGCAAAAGGUGCAGCUUACCUCGGGCGACGAGCUCGAGGUGCUGAUUGCGCCGGAAGGCGUUGUGCCGGUGCUGCAGUUUCUGAAGGAUCACCACAAUGCACAGUUUGCUAAUCUGGUGGAUAUUGCCGGCAUGGACGUACCGUCCCGCCCGCAUCGGUUCGAGAUCAUCUACAACAUACUGUCCCUGCGCUACAACUCGCGCAUCCGGGUAAAGACGUACGCCGACGAGCUGACGCCGAUCGAUUCGUGUAACGAGGUGUUUAAGGCUGCCAAUUGGUACGAGCGCGAAAUUUGGGACAUGUACGGCGUGUUCUUUGCCAACCAUCCGGAUCUGCGCCGCAUCCUGACCGAUUACGGGUUCGAGGGCCAUCCGCAGCGUCGCGAUUUCCCGCUGAGCGGUUACGUCGAGCUGCGGUACGAUGACGAGAAGAAACGUGUCGUGUGUGAACCGCUCGAGCUGGCCCAAGAGUUCCGCAAGUUUGAUCUGUCCGCACCGUGGGAACAGUUCCCGAACUUCCGCCACGCUAAUCCGGCGACCGAGGAGGUUGCCACGAAACCGGCGGAAAAGUAGACAAUGGGCAGGCUGGAGGAGGCAAGGGCUCACGACACGAUUGGGGCCGUUGCGAGGUGCAAAUUCGAUUCAUAGGAUGAAAUAUAACCGGUACACGAUGCUGCUGUAUGAAGGCGUGAAAGGUUUUAA